AUGGAUUUCUGGUCGCGAUUAUUGAGCCCUCUCUCCUCUGGGGGCACCCGCAAGGACCUAGGGCAGGAUCCAGCGAAACGACUGCACCGAUUCGAAAAACAAUACAGCCUCUUACUUUCUGCUUGGAGAGCCACAUCCAACAUAUCGCGAGAUAGCGACGCUGCCGAGACACUCGAAAUCCGCCUCCAGGAGCUCACCAAUAUCCUCAGCGAUGAGAGCCGACGACCGUUACCGCAUCCGUGUAUUCAAUACUGCUCGAUCAAGCAGAUCUACGUCCCCAUCGGCAAGAUCGCUACGACUUCGUACAAUGAGUGGAUCAUCAAAGAGGCCGUCCUUUUCUUUGCGACUCUUAUCGAGAGCGAGGAGGAGGCUUUUGUCGAGAACCAGACAUUUUCCGCCAGUCUGACGAACCUCCUUGUUCGAAUCACCGGUAUUAACAGCGUGCGCCUGGGCCUGGACACCGAGUCGCGUGUUGUCGAGCUCGCCUUCAACAUUACCACCAAGAUUCGGCUGGACCCGAGUAUUCUGCCAGCAUGGUUCAAGACACAUCGCGGCGUGGCGCUUCAAAACCGGGAAAAGAACGAAAACUCCCGACAGGCAUUUAUAGGACGGACGCAGAAGGCCGACUUUCCUCUAUUUUACAUUCUUAUGGACUACAUCCACCAUGAGGGUAAAGUGGGUGACUUUGCACGGACAGGAUUGCUGUACAUCAUCGAAGCGGCAUCAAGUUCAGGACCCUUGGAGCAGUGGAUUGUCGAAAGCGAUUUAUCGACUCUCAUGGCGACAGGUCUUGGAGCCUUGUACAGCCAGCUGAGUCGCAAACUUGUUGUUGAUCAUCUUCCUCACAACCUACCCCCUAUUCUUGCAUUCUCCGACUACGAACAUCCUACAUCCAAUUACGAAGUCAUUAGCUCAUGCUCCCCCGAAUUUCAGUCUCAUCUCGAGGUCUUCCUAUCUCACUUAUUAUUCUGGCAAGAUGUCUUGAACCACUGCCGCUCUGUAGAGGUCAAAUCGACUCUAUUGGAGCACUUCCAAGUUAUUUUUCUACAACAAUUAUUAUACCCCUCGCUGCUUGAGUCUUCUGAUAUUGACGGAGGCUCGUCGGUGGCUGUCUUGACUUAUCUUCGUCGUAUCCUAGAAUCACUUGACCACCCUGACAUGAUCAAUCUUAUCCUUCACUACCUUUUAGCGCUACCUGAUAAUGUUGCUUCCGACCAAACUGGAGUAAGUUCGUCUGUCAGCAAAGCUCGUAAGCGGAAGUCGCUUGAUCUGGCCACGAUGCUGGCGGAGAGGGCGGUGCCCACUGCCACGCCCUUACUAUUCAACCUUGUCGAUCUCAUCCUCGCAUGCUUGAGUUCACGGAAUCAACAAACCAUCCAUGUUACCUUACAGCUGGUGUCGGCUAUUCUUAAACGACAUCAUCGAUACGCCAUCGCUACCCUUUUAAGGACUGACAAUGCUCCGGUGAACAGGGCCACUCGCACUGUUGGUGCUCAAGAACAAGAGGUUGAAUUUAUCAUGUCCUUGGCAGGUACGAUAGGUGGCGAAGAUGACUUCGAUGAAGUAUAUCAGCUUGUCCUUCGAGAUACUAUGACCAGGCUUGAGGCUCAUCCCUGCUCCCUCAAGCUUGUCGCGCCGAGGGCAUCUACGAGUAACCAAAGGCUACCUGACAGCCUUCCUGGAGCACCCAAGGAGGUAGAGGAUCAUACUCUUCGGCCUGACGACCCUCUCCUCAACUCGCUGUUAGACCUACUGGAGACCUUUUUUGUCAACCAGGUAGAGACAAAUCUCUCAGUGACAGAGACACUUGUUGACCUUGCAGUCUGUGGUUUUAUGAAAAUCGAGGGAUGGUUAACGCGAAACCCAACCUCUUAUGUAUAUGAUGAAGUUGACAAGCAGAAACGUGUGCCUACAGGUGACGAGGAAGAAGACAUUGAAGUCGACGAGUUACUUGAAGAUUUACCAUCUCCCACCCCAGAGCAGAAGCAACUUCGAGCCAUGGAGCAAUGCCGUCAACGGCCGCAAUGGUCGACCGAAUCGUUGCCUCGCGUUUUCAAUGUUCUCCGAAAGCUGGAAGAGCAGGUGGCUUCUUACAAGAGGACCAUUCCUCGCUUUGAUGAGUUAGUGCAACAACGACGCGACGCGUUCGGGACUGCGGAUGCAAUGUUGCACCAUGCCGGUCCUACACCCAGACCGACCCCUAUAAGUGAGGACCUCCCUGAGUAUCCAAGCUUUGAUGAGGUGUCACGUAACGCAUCACCUUCCCGACCAUCGACACUGGAAGGCCUAGCGCAUCGUCUACUGUCCGAGUUGGGAACUCCAAGCCGCUCUGGCAGCCCACGAGGACGCAAGGAGCUGGGCCGUACCUCCGGAAGCGGCAAUGCAACACCUGGCAAGUCGGGUCUGAGCUCUUCUAAGGAGGUGUCUCAUAGUAGGGGACGAGGUACUCCUGGACGCAGCCAUUCCCCCGGAAGAAUCCCCGAUACCAUCGAUCCUACGCAGAAGGCGAGGGAAGAUGUGCUUGCUCGACAGAUGGCUGAGUUUGCAGCUAUGGACCAAACUAUCCUUUCCAAGAAGGUUGGAUUACCGCAAGUCAAGCUUGCGCCUAUUCCCAUCAAGUUUGACAAGGAACCAGUGUCCGAACCGACCGAGACAGCUGAUGUGAAAGAUGAUCAGGCCGAGGAGGUACCCGGCGAAGCUGAGACUGAGAAAGAGGAUGAUUCUGAGGGCGCUGUGGCUGAAAAUGUUGACCAGACACCUGACGAGGCCAAGGCUGACGAGGCCAAGGCUGAUGAGGUGAAGGUGGAUGAGGUGAAGGCCGCUGAGGUGAAGACCGAUGAGGUAGACGAGGAUGAGGCCGAGGCUGAUGACGUGAAGGCGGAUGAGGGGGCGAACUCUGAAGGUGAUGUAACCGAAAGCGUUACCUCUGAAACCGAGCCUGUUGCGCCUACAUCUGCACUUGCUGAAUCAGUCAAACCGACUGAGGACGAAGCCGAGAACUCCCAGAACACUACGGCUCCUGAGCGAGCUGAAUCCAUAGACGAACUGGAAGCCAACGAACCCCAGACUCAGGAGUCCGAGGCCGACGAACCUACACCAGAUGAACCUCAAGUCACGGAGUCCGAUGCCAAGGAGCAUGAAGCAGAGGAACCUAAGAUCGAGCCUUCUCGACCAAGGACUUAUACUAUGGAAACCCUUAGACUCGAAACCCCUCAACGGAGAGAGGAGAGGGAGCGCAACACCACUGUCUCGGUCUCACACGUCGUCACCAACGUCAUCAUUCUGCAGUCCUUCCUCCUUGAGCUGGCCGCUCUUAUUCAAGUCAGAGCUGGUCUAUUUGAUGAGGUGAAGUUUGUAUAG